CUUUCUGUUACAGAAAUAAAUAAUGCAUACAUUUAUGGUUGUGUGUCAUUCCUUCUGUGUACAGGUGGAAUUGGGUGAUGCCAGUUCCUCUUCAAUGUAUCUCAAAUCCAUUCUAGAAUGGAAACCUGGAUCUGGAAUUAGAACCCCAUCCUGAUGUGGGUUCACAUUCUCUCUCUCUCGACUCAGAAGACCUUUAGAGACCCACAAGACAAGCCAACCAGCACAAAACUCUCCUGCUUAGGAAGACAGCAUGGGUGACGAGGGCUACUACCCACACGAGUUAAGCUCAGUGUUCAAUGAUCUCCGUAUACAGGGGAGCUUUUACGACGCGGCCAUCAAAGUCAAGGAUGUGUCAUUUAAAGUCCACCGGGUCAUCCUGGCAACAUACAGCCCGUACUUCCUAAACGUCUUCCGAUGCGCGUCACCUCAAGACAAGGUCUUCGUCACAACCGGCCUCUCUCCUGACAUGAUGCAGCUCAUCAUUGAGUUUGCAUACACUGGCUCUGUUUCCGUGACGGAGGAAAAUGUGCGGGAGCUACUGCUGGCAGCCAAUCAUCUCCAAGUAGCGGACAUUGUGCAAACAUGCAGCGACUUCCUGGUGGAGCAUCUCUGCCCAAGGAACUGCAUCGGCCUCUUUCAGUUCCCCAAGAUCUGCUUCUCCUCCAGCCUGCAGCACAAGGCCUACCGCUACAUCAUUGAUCACUUUGAAGAGGUUGCUCUCUGCGAAGAGUUCCUGCAGCUGUCAGUGCACGAACUCACCGCCAUCCUCGAUAGUGACGACCUAUAUGUGAAUAAAGAGAGCAUUGCGUAUGAGGCCGUCCUACGCUGGAUUGCCAACGGACCCGAAGAACGAAAAGCUCACAUCACGGAACUCUUGUCUAAGGUCCGGCUGGGCUUGAUGAGUAUGGACUACCUGAUGACCAAAGUGAUUCAAAAUGAGUUGGUCAUCAACAGCCUCGAGUGCAUGGAGAUGGUCAUGAAAACCGCUCAAACCAUGAGCAACAUCAUGACAAGCAGAACUUCUGGGUCUCAUCUCAGCAUCCUGGCCAGCCGCCCUCGCCUGCCCUGCGCCGUCAUGUUGGCCAUCGGAGGCUGGAGCGGCGGCGAAGCAACAAACAGCAUUGAGGCGUACGACAUCCGCGCAGACUACUGGAUCAACGUGACAAUCGCCCAAGAGCGACCCCGUGCCUACCACGGCGCGGCUUUCCUCAACGGGAGCAUCUACUGUGUCGGCGGCUCCAACUGGGUGGAGCCGUUGAACAUCGUGCGCCGGUUGGACCUGAGAACGCACGUCUGGCACGAAGUGGGACCCAUGUUCUACUGCCGGUGCUACGUGAGCGUCACUGUGCUGGACGGGUACAUCUACGCCAUGGGAGGUUACGACGGGUACACGCGACUUUGCACUGCAGAGCGCUACAGGCCUGAGACCAACCAAUGGAGUCUCAUUGCACCGAUGCAAGAGCACAGGAGCGACGCCAGCAGCACGACACUCCACGACAUGGUUUACAUCUGUGGUGGUUUCAAUGGGAACGAGUGCCUGCAAACGUGUGAGUGUUACAGCCCACGGACUAACCAGUGGACAAUGAUCAGCGCCAUGAGCUGCCCCCGCACUGGAAUCGGCAUCAUCGCGUAUGCAGACCGUGUCUACGCAGUUGGCGGCUUUGACGGCUCUAGGCAUCUGUCCACGGCAGAGUCCUACAACCCUUGUACCAACACCUGGCUCAGAGUGAAGUCCAUGAUAAAUCCCCGCAGCAACUUCGGCAUCGCAGUGCUGGACAACCAGCUCUUUGUUGUCGGGGGAUUCAACGGCUUCACCACGUCCUGCAGCGUUGUGUACUACGACGUGGCUACCGAUGCGUGGGCCGCAUCUCGCAACAUGGACAUCUUCCGCAGUGCCCUGAGCUGCUGCGUGGCGUGCCCACUCCCCAACAUGGACGAGUACGUUGUCUCCCGUGACGUCCUGCUGUCUUUAUACUUGGACGAUGUGUGCAUGGAAUCAGGAGACUCGGACUAAUAGUCCCGACCUACGCCAUCAUCCAGCUGGCGAGACUUAAGCAUGAAUCAUUAAAGACAUUUCCUUUCGCAUUAACCUGCUGUUCCUUAAGAUAUUUUUUUCCUCACUUUUUGCAACUAGUAAGUUGUGUUCUGUGAGUAGGAUGCUGUGUCCAACUGCAUUGUUGAUGCUAGAAUAGAUUGUGCGAAGGGAUAAAUUGUUAGUGUUGGGAUAGUCAGGGCAAGCACAGACAAGGAAUCUGGUGAGCGGAAACAAGUUCUUUCUCAAUUUACUUUUUACCAAUGGGUGUUUACAAUGAAAGGAAAUGAGCAUUUCUUCAGUGUAAUCGGGGGGGAGGGGGUAGAAAGUCCCAUAUCUAAAAUCAUUCCCAUCACUUCAAGACCCCUUUUAUUAAUACUCAUCGCGUAGAGUCUAACGUAUACAGCAUUCACAGUACUGUUAAGAGUGACUCUUGAUUGAAGCGACGCAAAAGAACCGUUCUAAUGGGUCAAUUUCACCCCCAUCCUGACAAGUCCUGCUCAACGACUGAGACAUUUACGUCAUAUUACAUCCCUGUGUAAUUGGGAAGGAAAAGAAACUGGGGAGGAAAAAAUGGAAAUAAACAGAGUAAUAGUGAAAAAAGGAGGGAGAGAGGGAUUCAGAUGGAAUGUAAGUUGCUGAUGUCAAGGACUUGGUGUUCCACAAUCUGCUCCAACUAAAUUUGGACAAAACUGGGAUUAUUGAGGGGGAAGAAAAGCUUGAAUGACUUCAGUGUGUCCUUCUCUGUUUUACCGCAUGCACCCCUCCUCUCUCUCUCUCUCUCUCUUUCUCUCUCUCUCUCACCCUCCCUUAAUCUCCCUCUCUUUAUUUCGCAGAGAAAGCGUUGGUUGCCUGUUUUGGGGGAGAGUCACCUUGAGUGACUUUCCUGUGUUCUUCUGGACAUCAGCAUAGGAAAGUAAAGUAGAUUAAAUGAGUACAUACAGAGUACAGAGGACGGAUAAAAAAAAAGUAAAGAAAAAGCUCAGCUUUUUAGAUUGUUGAUUUACUUCAUUUUAGGUUGUUUCAGACACAUGGACAAUACAAAUUAUUGGAUUAGAUACAAAAUAAAUAGCCACCAAACAAGGUUAAUAACAACCCUGGAAAUAUAAUCAUAUUCACAAGUCUAGAGUGAUCAAUUCACAUACGGACGUCUGUUCAUGUUUCCAAAAACAAGAGGAGACCAUAAGUCAGUUAGACAAGCUAAGGUUACCAGGCUCAGGUGGAAGGUGGAAACAUUAAUUGACAAACAGUCUCUACAAAGGUAUUUUUCCCAAUUGAAAUGGAUAAAGUUUGCCAUGCUGGCCUUGCACAUCGUCAUCAUCACAUAGAUGAUUACUGAGGAUUUGACCCAAAUAUUUCACUUUGUUCACUACGUUUUUUUUUUGACUGCCGUAACAUUUGUUUCAGCAACACUAUUUUAAAGUUAAAUGUCACGUAAUUCUGCAAAGCUGAGAGAGCAUUUGCUGUAAACUGAUAUUUCUGGCUUUGUGGCUUUAUUCACGGGCGUAGUAUUUGUGGCUUGGAGGAUUGAUCUCCAAAAAGUUAUAGCACUCAUGCCGAAGGGAUAAAAUAACUAAUGCGUUAGAUCCAAUUGCAAAUGCAAAGUAUACACUAAUGUUUGACGGACAGUAAGUUUAUAAUAAUGCUUAAGUGACGAGCUCCGGCAUUCAGCAGUCUUAUGGCCUGUGGUCGGAGGCUGUCCCAGAGCCUGCUGGUGGGGGCUGCGGAUGCUGUAGAUCAACCAUACGGCAUUAGGCAGAACAGUUUGAGCUUAGGGGGUUCUUUGAUAAUCCUUUUGGCUUUCCUCCCUCGCCGUUGGGUGCAGAGGUCCUCUAUAGACGGCAGCUCUGUCCUGGUGAUGAGCAGGACAGUUUUUAUCACGCAGCAUAAAGCUGAAUGGUUAAGAGUGGUACUCUACCAGGUGGUGAUGCAUCUGGUCAUAAUCACUAUUGGACACCUGUAGGAGAAGAAUAUUCUCGGUCCAUGUUGGAGGAAGUUGAGGUCUCCUCGUUGCCAUCGACACAAUAGUUAGUAAGAAAGGCAAAUUACCACAGCUAACUUCAAGCUGGGUCUCAUGUGUGCAUACAGGAAAAACAGGCGUACAAUCCUAUUAUACCACACACACACACACACACACACACGCACACACUUAUUGGGGCAGAGCCUUGCCAAGCACAAAGCACUGAGCUUUUAAAAAAAUUAUUAGCUUGAGUUGCUUGGCUGACGGUCGAUGUUCUAAAAGCACUUCGCAAUACAACUUUAAUAGCACUGGCAACAGGGUACACACACACACACUUACACACACAAACACUCACGUUCUCUCUGCCCUUAUUUGCCAUGUCUGGCUUCUCUGUCUCCUCCACUUUCUGUCUCUGUUUUUCCUUCGUCCGUCGGCCUGCUCUGUAGCCAAGGGCUAACAAUAAAAUACAGCUUCUCACUCAUACCACAAGUGAAAAACACACAACCAGUUAUUGUUCUGUGUGAGCAACUGUCAAGCAAGCUGACAAACGACACAGAAUUACUGCUUCACUUAAGCAGUGAAGCAGUGAGUGAAGCGCGUGUGUGUGUGUGUGUGUGUGUUGUGUGUCUUUUGUUAUCUGUUUAAAUCCAUCCAAACAUACUCUACUGUGCUAUAUGUCUCCCUGUGCCAUGCAUUUAUAUGUACCAGAGGUAGAGAGAGAGAGAGAGUAUGUGUGUGCAGUGCCUCAGGGCUUUGUUCUGUACUGGUGCAAUAAAAGACACAUUAGAGAAAGAGAGGGAUUAGAGAAAAGAGAAAAAAACAUUAUCACUCAGAAAUGUGUUUUUUUAACAAUAUAUUUGUUAGAGCGUGAGAAGCAACAGAGGUGAGCAUGAUGUACCUCCCUGGAAAAGCAACAAUUCAUAGUAACGUAGAUUUUUGAAGGCAUUUGACUCUCUUGUUGUAAAGCACUGAGGCGAAAAACCUUUUUGCAAUCUUUAAAUGUACUUUUUAGUGUCCCGCAAGACGUGUGACACACCGUCAGUCACAUCAUAGGAGACAAAUAUGUAACAUUUGUGUAAAAGAUUCCGAAGGAUGAAGAAAAACGGAAGGAGAGGUGGAUGUUGACUUGGAAAUUAGGAAGAGAGAACAUAAAAGAAGAGAAAAAGAGAGGAGGGAGGAACGCAUUUCAUGUUUAACAUCUGUCUCACUCUCACAGUUUCUGUCUGUCUGUGUGUGUGUGUGUGUGUGUGAGGUAGCGGUAUAUGUUUUAGAUGCAAUGGACAGACAAUAGUUUCCCAAUUGGACAGGAUUCUAUUCACACCCAAUCUAUCCUCUUCUUACCUUUCUCUGCACACACACAUACACAAAUACACUGCACACACAGCUAUUACUCUCCCGCUUGACCUCUUUAUGACCUCAGUCGCUUCCUCUUACCCGUGUGUCAAUCACAUGACAUUGCUCUCCUCUGCUUCAGCGCACAGUUACUGUGCCGUUCACUAUUCAAUAAAUACACUGGAGGCUUGUUUUUUGUCUUCAUGGUUACAGAGGAUUUCCCUUAUAAAGUCAGACUGAAGAUGAACAUCACAGACAAGGAACAGAGAAGUUAUUUUUAUUACGACUUAUAUCCAUGGUUUUGAAAAUCAUUUCCCGUGGCGGGUGGGCGAAAUGACUCGUCCUCAAACAUUGCUGUCAAACAGCAGUCAGGCACAUUUUAAAUAGCCCUAUUUAAAAUGUGCCUGACUGGAUAGACUGUUUGGAUCAUGAGAUGGUAAAUAUUUGUUGCUAAACUAUCUGCUGUAACCAUCCAUCAGAUUGCAACGGAUGUAUCACGAUAACUGGAUAAGGGCUGCCCAGGCAUUUUAGUGAAAAUCGCUCUUUGACUGCUUCACUGGUGUUGUCCAGCCCACUGCACAAGGUCAUUAGUGUCCCUUGGUCCAAGCCUGUCAGUUUUUACCAUUGACUUUACAUUGAGAUGACGGUGAAGAAUGAGAUUUUGGGGAAAAAAAGUGGUUGAAAUGAGUGUUUCACGUAGCGUGGCAAAGAUACAGCUUCAGAAAUCAAAGAUCCCGGGGAGGAGCAUAGUUGCUGCUCCUUCGCGUCAAAAGGGAUCAGCUGAGAUGGUUUUGGUGUCUGAUCUGGAGGCCUCCUUCACGCCUCAUUCUACAGGUUUUGUAGGUGCAUUCAACUGGUGAGGCUCCAGGGUUGGAACGCCUCAGGAUCCCUCUAAAAGGAGCUGGAAAAAGUUUGGUACUGCCCUCGCUUCCUGGACUCGGAUGAACAAAAUGAAACGGCUGGAUGGAGUAACAGUAUUAUAUGUACACUGUGGUCCUGGUAGGAAAGGUGGCAGCAGGAUUUCCUCAUCCUGCAGCCAUCAGGAGACUUGCACCCAGGGAAUGAUUCCUCUUUUCGGGACGUCUGUGCAGCACCUUCCCUUGACAACCCCGGAGGUCAAACCACUGUCACUCACAGUGAUGUAGAGAGAAAGACAGAGGGAGAAAGAGAGCAAAGUGAAUAUACAGAGGGGAGAUAAGUAGAGAAAGGAGGAGAGAGAAAAGAAAGGGCACAUACAGAAGGGAAGUGGUAGGAGAAGAGAUGAGAAUCCAAAUGAAUCUUCUUCACCCAACGGACAGACUGUCAAGCUCUGCGUGCGUGUGUGUGUGUGUGUCUUACCUACUAAUUGAAAUGCGAUGAGGUGUGAAACAUCCCUUUAAAAGUCCUAUCACCGUGUGUGAAGCUAAAUGUGUGUUUCGGGGGUUAUUUGUGCAUGUGUGUGUGCAAUGCAUAUCAACUCCUUUUGACCAUAGAUAUAAUGCAGUGUGUGUGGGUGUCAGUGUCGGAGAGUGUGAAUGUGUUAAACACAAAUGUGUGAGCGCCAUACUCAAGUAGGGAUGUACCUGUUUGCAUGAAACCUGUUUGUAGUAAUUUAAUUCAUGCAUGAGGGGGAUAAACAAAUGUGUGUUUAUGUGAGUGCAACUAAAUAUUUAUCACGCACAAGGCAAUUUGCAUGUUUGUCUACGUGCACACGACAAUAAAGCAUGAGAGCUUGGUACUCCUGCGUGUGUGUGUGUGUGUGUGUGUGUGUGUGUGUGUGUGUGUGUGUGUGUGUGUGUGUGUGUGUGUGUGUGUGCGUGCGUGUGUGUGUAUAAUUUCAUUUUGCUGUCUCAGCCUCUUGUUAAGGGGCCAUUUAGAGCUCAGGUUGAGUUUCGUCAGCCCCUGCUGACACUUCUUUCCUAACCGCCUCUUCAACUUCCACCAUCUUUUCUCCAUCUCUGUCUCAUUAUCUCUGUCUGCCUUCUCUUGUCUCAUCCCCUACUCCCUUCCUCUCCUCUCAGCAUGUGGUCAUUGCAUUGAAAAAACACUUCUACUGAGCUUUGUUGGUAAAGGUUCAAAUAUUUAGGUUGAAUAAUGGACACAAUACCUGAUCUCAUGCCGGGUAGGAUUAACAGAAACAACAGCGGCAGUCGGUAUAGUUUUACUCAUUUGUUCAGGUUUUCACUUAAAAGUGGGAGUAUUUUGAGUAAUUACUAAAACAGUUUUUGUUCUGGUGAGUGGUGAUAUUCAGUGGUAGCGCAUUCCCCUCAGACCGUGUAUGUUUAUGAGUGUGUGAAUGUCUUCUGUUUAACAAACACUAACAAUAACUAAAUGGCUCUUUGUAUGUGUGCAAGUAACUCCAACGCUUAAAAUGAAAAUUUAAUUUGUAUGCUUGCUUCGUAUGUGGCCCUGUGUGUGUGUGCGUGUGUGUGUGUGUGUGUGUGUGUGUGUGUGUGGAAGACGCCCUCUAUAUGUUCCCAAUCAGAUUAGUUAAUCGUGAUAUAACUCUCUAAGCUUAUAUCAAUAUUCCUCCAUUGCAAAUACACUAAAACGUGCCCUUUAUGCCCCUGUUUCACCAAUGCUGUGAUAUUGUCAGGCCGAAAUUUGAAACAUCCACAUUUGUAACACAUCCAGGCACUGGACAGUUGGACCUUUAGAGCAAGAUUUUUUAAUCACCCGUUUGCUCAUUUCUGCCUGUAGAUCCUGAAUUAUGUUACACAACUGAAGCUGCAGCAUGCAGCUAACAAAAUAUAUCCGUACCCUUGUGCUGUAUGUUCUACCAUCAAUGGGGUACUAAUUGUUUUCUCAAUUCAAUAAAAUUACAGUCAAUGUAUAACUAAAUUGUACCAAUUGUACAAACUUUUCCUAAGGUAACUUGUACAGAAAG